GUUCAGUGACUUUACACACUUCCGUCAAUUCCGUGCUUUCGUGUCAGACACAGAAUUGACACCAAGUGUCACUUAAUAUCAAUCGCAACUGCAGACAUUUAAAAAAUCAAGUUCACAUAUAGCUGCUGCGAGGCUGAUACAGCCCUAAAACAAACUUUACCAUUUGUGAAUUACUAUUGUAGCAAAGUGAUUGAUAUUUUAACUUCUGGUUGUCGACAACCCCCCUUUCAGAAUCCGAUCAUAUCGUGUUCUGGGUAAACACAAGAUCAAAUGAAUGGCCGACGAAAAUAUAAGGUUACUAUUCGUGUAGUGGAUCACCCACCACGCACUAGAAUAAGCUAUCAAGAUCCACUCGGUGCAGAGAGAAAUGAACAAAAGACAGACCCAUUAUUAAGCGAGGAUAAUACAAAUUCAAGUGGAAUAAAAUCUGUGUACAAGAGCUCAGUUUCGGUGCAAGUUUCCGACAAGCGGAGUCAUUCUUGCGUACAUACAUCGGCAGGUUGUACGUCGCCGAAGGGCUGCGAGGUUCGAAGCACGAACGCGAAGGCUGAAAAGCAUGACAGGGCGAAAGAGGACAUGCCAAACCCGGAAUUUUGUGAAUGUACGAAACUGUUAUUGAGGGAUGACAAAACUACUUCGUUAAAUAUUAAUAAGUUGACAAGGAAUAAUGCGAUAGAUCAAGAGGAGUUAGACGAUCAACUGAAUGUGGAUGUAAACAAUAUCGCAAGUUGCGAGUGUACAAAAGCUGUGAAAUUUAUUACGACUGAAAAGCUAAGUCCGCGGUGUUGUUCGAGUGCAGACUUUGAGGCAAAAUACGGCGUACAUAAACCGAGAAACGGUUUUCCUCGCCACCUGCCCAUAGUCGUGUUGAACUCAGGCCACUCGGUAAAUAUGGACGAAGCCAGUUACGAGCAGAAUAUCGUGACAGACAAUGCCAUUGGCAAUGGCAUUACGGACGACUUUUCCGAUUCUGAUGCAUUAAGAAGAAACAGGCCGCCUUUAAACAGAGAGGGCUCGGCUUGCAGUAGUGACAGUAUUAUUACGGAGAUCGAGGGAUUAACCGACGACGAAGAAGGAGGGUUAAAAGAUUGUCCGAACGAAGGUGGUGGAUCUGGUAAUAUAGAAGAGGUAUAUAAAUUUCCGAUUAUAACAUGCGUUUCGAGCAAUUUUCAGCUCGAUUUUCAGCAGGGGCUUGUGCAUAGUAACCACAGGGUAAUAGCAAGAAUUUUAUAUUCAUUUUGUUCGACACAGCUGCAGCAAAGUUAGCUUGUUAAAUCAAGCUUUAAACAAACUUAAUAUAAAUAUGCUUCGCAACACGAAAGCUAUACAUGUACAUGGAAAUAUGGAAUACGUACAGUAUUCAACUUGCAAAAUGAUGCUGGAAUUUAUACUCUAAUAUAAACAUUGUAUGCUUGUGUUUAGCAAAGGGGAAGCCCUUGAUAUAAUAAUAAUUAAAACAGUUUUGGUUUAACAAGAAAAUUGGGCACAAAAUGAUCGUGUUUCGACAAAAUAGAGACGGUUCAACAGUGAUGUUUGCAUGUAUUUAAUACCCCCGGCAAGACAAUGUUGUUUUUAGCUGGCUAGAAUGGAAUGUAGUCUCGUGUGUUUAUAAAACUAUUUAUUCUGGUAUGUGUUGGUAAAAAUGUAUAGCUUAAUCAUUUGCGAGGGCGUAUUUAGGCAAACAAGGUGAGUUGGAAUUAAGUCUUGCAGUUGAGAUAUGUGUUGGAGCUUGUACGUUAGGUUUUAAGUCUGAUUAUAUCUGCUUGCAACGUACUAAACUGUACGAAAUAUAGCAAUCAAAAGUAAUUAUACAAUAUUCAUGUACAUAUAUUUUGAUACAAGUUUUUGUAUAAAAAAUUUUCUUAUCAAUUAUUAAAUAUGCCUCUUUGUAAACAAAGGGACAAAAUAGUAUAUUCUAUUUGUCAUCAUGGAUGCAAGAGUUUUAUAGUCUUAAUCAUGAUUACAUAAUCUAUAAUUAUAAUCUCUUUGAAAACAUCAUUCAUAAAAUCGAUGCCUGGAACAUAAUUUGCUUGCUAUUUUGGGCAAUUUGAAUUUGAAAAACAAUACACAGUCACUUGAUAAAAUAAUAUGAGUCCUAGUAAAAGUUAUAAUAUUAAUCUUGAAUGUUCCCUCAUUAGCAUCUACACACAUAAAAGUGUGCAAGUUGUUACAUAUCUUGAUAUCUGCAAACAAGGUGUAACAAGGUUAAUGUCAAGCCGUAUGUCAGGGAUGUGUUAAUACUGCUUGAUCCCACUCCUAGUUGUUUUGACAAUUAUUAUAGUCUAUCACCUUGUUAUGAGGUUGAUGACAGCAUGGAGAGUUACGAAAGUGGAUAGGAAACAGCUGACACCAGAAGAUGUGACAUAUAUUUGAAAUUUGUGAUGUACGUCACAAACACAACAAAUAUAGUAAUGUUUACUGCAUUUUCAUAUGUUGAGAUUUAAAAUGGUUUCAUUGUCUUUUAAACCACUUUCCUGUGCCACGGCAAAGUAUCCGAGGCUUUGUUUUUACUUAUGCAGUCAAGAAAUUGGCAUCACCAAAACUACUAUUGCAUGGUGAUAAAAUAUAAUAGUUUUGUUUGUGGAAACACCACGUAAAUUUAUUACUGCAAAGCUUUCGAUCCUUAAGCCCGGAUCUUCAUCAGUGCUAAUAAUAUACUAUUGUAUAAUUGAAAUUUGUGACGUUAAUUUUGAUAUGUAUGUUCCCCAAAAAUGACCAACAAUAUUUAGAUAUUCCAUCGUAGAGUGGCAUAUGGUUGUAUUCUUAUGUUUUUUUGCUAAAAUGCUCAGCUGUAUUAUUGCUGAAUGUGGAAUUAUUUUGGAUUUAGUGAUGUCAUAAUUUUCAACUAGGUUGACGGCAUUGGCACACUGAAAGCAUCAUGUGUGACCAUGAGUUUCCUACCAGACUAUUUUUAUGAUCCAUGAUGACAGUAACAGACUUUGUACAAGUUGUGCCAACAAGACUUAUCUCUAGUACCGGCAGGCUACACAACUUAUUACAUACUGGUACCUACAAAAUCUGACUUGUUGGACAAGCUGUGAGAUUUUUAUGUGUGAUAUUUUUAACAGUUGCAGUAACAUUACAUUUUCUAUUCUUGCACAAAACUACAAUAUAAUUUGUAACAUACAUUUGUAGGUUUCAAUCAGCUCAACCAGUUAGUUUGCAGCUAGUUUAAUUUAACCCACUGAGUGCCAUUAUUAAUGCUCCCCCUUGACAAGUAAAAUUGUCUGGCAUUAGACAGAGUAAAAUAAUAAAGUACUGGGUGCAUUAUUAAAGUGCAAUGCAACUGAGUUAACUAGACACAGAUAGUGUGAUCGACCCAUUGACUGCCAUGUAGCCAGGCCUGAAUAUUAGCGGCCGGUCACGGACCUUGUCCGGUACAAAUCCGCAAUUUCAACCGUUUUGACAGGUACUAUUUUGAUUGCAUCGGUCACUUUGUCCAGUACAUGGUUCGGCAAAAAUCAUUGUCCAUUUUGGGACAAGGAACCUUAAACCGAUCGUCUUUUAACUUUUUGGGAGCAAUCGUGCAUGUUGACACAUGAGAUUGACUAAAAUAAUUAUUUCGCAAAGAAUCGAAAGAUUGUAUAAUACCACGCAUUGGUGUUGCGAGUUUCUCGCGAUAUCAAGUCCAGAAUGCGAGUGGCGAUGAAGCGUGGCGCCAUUGUAACAAACUAAAGUAUAGUCAUAGUUAUUAUUUGAGCAUUUGGACUUAUUCAUUUUUAUAGACUGAGAUAGACAUGAUUUAUUGAUUUCAUGACCUCAUUCACUAACUUGACCACUUGAGUUCAAUUAUUUGUUUCUAAACUUUCUAUAAAUAUAAAUAAAUAAAUAAAUGUUCCCAGUAUUAGCACUUAAUUUCUUCAACUGCAGCACUAACUAGUCUAGCUACAUGCCUACAUAUGACUUUUGCAUGUCCUAUUUACUAUUAGUCACUAUUAUUUUAGUAAUUAGUAUGGAACCAAAUAUACCGAUGCUUGUUUUGGUGACCGAUACAUUUUAUUUUGUGACAGGCACAAUUUCAUUGAUGCUGGUCAUUGUGACAGGCAGGGCACAAAAAAUUAUAUUCAGGCCUGCAUGUAGCGCUCUCCUCUUUAUGAGUAAAAUCAUCUGGCAUUGGGUAAGAGUAAAAUAAUAAAGCUAUGGGUGGAUGAAAAUGCAACACAACUCAAUGGGUUUAAAGUUGCAUAAAUUGUACCCUAAUGACUUUCUUAUUUCGCUCAGUCCAAUGCUAGACAAUAUUACUCGAUCAUCAAGGGGGAGAGCGCUGGUCAAUGAAUGGGUUAAUCAGACUAUCUGCCUGAUAGUCAAGACUAAUUAACACCCAAGUGGUUAAAAGUAAAUUGGUAUAAUCUCAAAAUCUUUUUAGCCUACCAGCCCAAAAUCCAACAAUUGGAAGAAGAUAAGAGGGAUAAUCCACUGGGCACCAUUUGCAAAGAAUUAUAAGAAGAAAGUUCCCUGGGUCCAGCUGGCUGGACAUCAAGGUAUGGUCUAGGUACAAUAAUACAUAAGAAGCAGGAUUUAACCCAUUGAGUGGCAACUCUUUCCCCUUGACGAGUAAAAUUAUCCUGCAUUAGACAGAGUAAAAUAAUAAAGCAGGGUGGCACGUCAGGGUGCAUAUUGCCACUUAAAGGGUUAAUUAAGCUGUCAUUCCCAAGUCACCGAAUGCGAAUAAAAAUUACACUUGGCAAAAUAUUUUCAUCAUAGUUUUGCCUAAGGUCUAAUGCUCUAUCUUACCAACCACUUCAGCAUGUGAUAUAACCUAAUUACAACUUGGGUUGUACUGUGUAAAUCAUGGGCAGAUUUACUGGGGGGGGGGUAGUGUGUUAAAUUAAACUCCCUCUAGAAUCUCUCUAAUCCCUCUUACAAACGUUUUCAACCCCACCAAGAUUUUGCUUCACCCCUAGUUUGUGUGAAAGUCUUAAAUAACCCUAAUGCCUAACCCCUGCAGCAGCUCGCUCAGUGGUGCAGCUUACGUCCCACUAGAAAUUUUGCCUCCCCUCCUUUUAAAAAAAUGAAAAUCUGCUCUUGGUGUAAAUCAAGCACACAAAUUGCCUAUGUUGUCGUACUGUAGGUAAGCUGUGUGCCCGAUUUACAUUACUUUAGUUGUAAGAAGGUAAUUGCAUGCAACAGUAAUUUAGACAAAGAACUUUGUAAAUUGUGUCAAUCAGCCUUAGAACAUAUGUGUUUUGGCAACUGUACAAGAAAUUUAAUUUGACUUUUCAAAUUACUGAAGGAAACAUACUAUUUGUACAGCUUAAAACCUGGGAAGUAAUUUCAAAUUUGUAUAAGAGAUUGUGUACAAAUUUUCAUUUUGAGGCGUUUUUGGACUUUGGUAAUUAGUACGUGGAAUAUUACAUAAUCAUGGCUGUUGCUUUGUUUCACAGCUUGAUAAGGAAUUCCUGCUGCUUCCAUUAUAACUUAACAUAAUGGGCUGUUGUGGGAUGAAUUCUUAAUUUGCAUCAACUAUCAAAUUAGGGUGUGUAUUACUAAUUGUUCAUACAUGUACUAGGUAACUUCAAAGCAGGAGAACAGGGAACCAUCUUGAAGAAAACAAAUAAUAUUGAAAAAGAAGUUUUGAUAAAACUUAUGAGAGAUGUUUUAAGACCGUAUGUACCAGAGUUCAGAAAAGAAGUUUUUAAAAAUGAUGAAAGUAUCCUUUUUGUUGUGAAAAUGUUUUAUAUGUUCCUAUGAUAAACAGUGUAAAUUAACUUGGAUUCAUGAUGAAGUUGUAGCAGGGUGUUAACUACAGUCAAAAAUUCUGCGUUAAACACGGUUUUCCCAAUUACCUUGAGGUCGCAAUUUCCCAAUUUGGGUCAGCCAAAAAAUAGUUAUAGAAAUUCAAUUAUUUUUUUCACAUCUGAUAAUAGACCAGUACCGUAUAUAUUUCAUUGACAAUAAAUAAAUGCAGAUUUUUUUACUUCUGGCUAACACCCUGUGUAGUUAGUUUGAAAUAUAGCAAGUCAAGCCACGUAACACUUGAAAUUGCAAUCAUACAUAUGAAAAAAAUUAUACGAAAAUUGUCAAGGGGGAAAUUUUAUGACAGAGCAUUAUAUAUUCAUGUCGUACCAAGUGAAUCUGGUAUAUGGUGUAACUGGUGCCUAAGUGCCAUAUUGUAUACUUACUAACAUUAGUAAUUAUUUCACUCUGUCUAACACCAGACAAUUUUACUUGUCAAGGGAAGUGCUGGCGCUCAAUGGGUUAACAAUGGGCACCAUGAGAUAUCACAAGCUUUGAAAUUUUUUCUUAACCCCAAGUUAAAAGGUUAUUUGGUCCUGCAAGAUUUACUGAUUGGCUUUGAAUCUCCAUCAGUAAUGGACUGUAAAAUGGGUGUAAGGUUAGUAUCAUCAACCCCCAUGCCCCUCAGUUUUCCCUUCAAUUUGAAAAUAAAUUUCAAUUUGGAAAUAGAUGUUCAAUUUCAAAAUAAAUGUCAAUUUGGAAAUGAAUUUCAAUUUCAAAAUUUUCAAUUUCAAAAUAAAUUUCAAUGACGAUGAGUCUACCAUCAACAUUUUUAAGAGCAUGCGUUGGCCGUUAACCCCUUAGCGUACCUUUUGUACACUUGUGAAAAUGUUGAUAGUAAUGGAUGACCCCUUAUUUGUUCUUGUUAGGACUUUUCUGGAGGAUGAGUUAGAAGAAGCUAGAAAGAAACCAAAAUUACGGAAGGUUUGUUUUAGGCCACUUGCUAAUGUUUCCUUUAAUUAACCUGGUGAAAAUUUGUCUUUGAUCUUUAUCCAAAGAAAACGUCUCAUGUAAAAAGAACUGUUUUUGUCAAGCUUGUUUUGACAGCAAAUGUCAUUAUCUUUCAUUGGAGCCUAGCUACUUCAUCGACUCGUAGACGAGGAGCUAGAGCCAGGUUAUUUCAAUUUUCAUCCAACUUGUAAAUAUUUUCAGAGUAGGAAAUCGGACAUUUUCCGACCAAAUAACAGUUUGGGCAACCGAAUGCUAAAUUGGUUGGACGUAUUUUGUCCGGACAAAAAAUAGCAAUCCGUUAUCUCUGAUCAUUCCGCAAAGUACACACAAUUGUUAACUUUAAAAAGCAUUUUAACUAUACUGUAUAUACUAGUGGUGUUUGGCAAUUAAAGUAUUAUUUUAUAUUGAGACUUGAUUUACCACUCAACGGACGCCGGGAGUAAAAAAAAAAAAUAGAAAAGACGUCCAACCAAAUUCGAAAAUUUGUGAUCAAAUUUCAUUUUCAUCGGACUUUUCCGGACAAUCUAUGAAUAUUAUUUCCAAGCUCUGAUUUUACUCAGUACAUUCCAGAUGGUAGCAAAAGUAUAUAUCUCCAUCUCCACCUUUAUACUCAUCUAUCCAGUCUAACUGAUAGAUAAAAUUUUGCUACAGAUUGCCUGAUCUGUAAUGAUAUAUAUUUCCAGGAUCUGUAUCAGAAAAUGAUAGAUGUAGAUCCAAACGCACCAACGGAAGAAGAGCGCAAGGUUGGAGGUAUUUGUAAACCUCGAUACAUGACGUGGAGGGAAGAACUCAGCUCUUCUGCAAGUUUAGGCUUUAGAAUUGAAGGAAUUAAGGUGAGAUAUGCAUACCAUUUAACCAUUAAGCUGCAAAUUUAUUAUUUUACUCUGUCUACUGACAAACGAUUUAAUCCCAGACGAUUUUAAUAUUUUACUCGUCAAGGAGAGAGUCUAAUUGUGGUAGGGUGGUCAGGAAAGAACGUAAAGAUGCUUGGAAACCAAAAACGUUUAUGAGGGUCCGCAGGACGGUAGAGUUGAAGACACCAUCAUCAGUCUUAUGCUACCUUGCUUUUUGCAGUGGAUCUGGUCUUUUAGGCCCAGGGACGAUCGUGCGAAGGCACAAGUAUCAAGCGCCAAAGGCACGAGACCCCUAGAAGGUAUGGGGCAUGCUCCCCCAGAAAAUUGUGAAAUUCACUUUGGGGGAAAAUUCCCGAAUUUUGCUGGUCAGAAACCGACGUAUAUUAGAAUAGCAAAUUUUUAAGGACUGAAACUGGAUUUAUUUUUGCCCAACAAAUUAUUGAAUAUUUCAGGCCCUACAAAAUUGCUUUUCUUAAACAUCAGGGAGGUGUCACCCCCAGAUUUACGCCCUGGCUCGACGACACAUGCCCAAAUUAGCUUUCUAUGUCGUAUUGUGUUUCUAGAAAGCUGGCGAGAAACCAAACAAAGAUUUCAAGACUACGCGUUGCAAAGAAAAUCUAUGUGAAAAAUUUCGACAAUUUAUAAAUAACGACGGCAGCAUAAAGGUACUGAAACAACACAAACCGACAAUUUUAAGAAGUAUAAACAAAACGUAGUCCAAAGAUUAGUGUCUUGAAACUCAAGAUUAAGUCUGAUGAUGAUUCAUUUGGACUAACAUCGAAAUAUCUCAUAGUCAUUCUUGUUUUGUUUUGACUCAUAUCCUGAGUUUCAAGACGCUAAUCUUCAGAAUGUGUUUCGUUUUAUAAAGGUACACACAUAAAAACGCACAAUUUGUUACAGGUCUGCAAACAAGUUGUUACAAAUUUGUUCACAAGCUGUUGACAAGUUGUGUUCGCACUGCUUGUUCCUAGUUGUUGGAACAAGUUUGGAACAAGCUGUUAACAACUCUUAAAUUGAUGAUUCUUAUUACGUUUUCGUAGCGCUUUGCAUUGUGGUUAUAGUGGUAUCACUGAUAAAGAUAGCGGCCUCGAAUGAAAAUAUUGAAUGUUUUCGCGAAUAUUUUGCUGUUGGCUAUCGCUCACCUGACCCUAGCUUUUUUAAAAGUUGCACGGGUCGGGACAAAAAAUAAGCCAUCUUGAAUAUCAGUGAUACUACUAUAACCACAAUGCAAAGCGCUAUGAAAACGUAAUAAGGGGAAUCUAGUAUUGUAUCUAAGUACAACUGCUAUAUUUCUGUAAACCAGGUGAAAUAUUUACAACGGCUGAAGGCAAUCAGAGGUGUUUUGGAGUCAUCUCCGUUCUUCAGAACGCACGAGGUACUGUAUGUUGUAAAGGCCUGUUUACACUUGCAAUUUUUGCUACGAUUUCUAGUGCGAUUAAGAAGACAAUCGCAGCAGAACGUUUUCUCAAACGUGAGACUCGUUGUAGGACUCAUAUAGGACUGUACAAUUCUAUAACGCCAAGCUAUUUUACUUGUCAAGGGGAGAGCGCUGGUGCUCAUUGGGUUAAUGGCAAGACAUUUUUACCCCCUUGACGAGUAAAGUCGUCUGGCGUUAAACCAUAGCCUAUGGAAGGGAAGAUAGUGGCUGUGAAACUCAUUAGAAUAACAAUCUAACUCAUAUGUUUAUUCAUAAAUCUGGUCCUUCACCGUCACGUGUGUAUUGUAUUUUUGUCAAAUUCACCAAUAAUACAAUACACACGUGACGGUGUAGGACAAGAUUUGUGAAUAAACGUUGACCCCAAAGGGUAUUGGGCUGUCAAUUUCCCCCGCGUAAUGCAAAAUGUCUGAAAAACGGCAAACUUCGCAAGGCUAUAUUAUCCGCAUUAUACAACAUUUCGCAACGAUACUUUGGAAUAUUACUAAUUUUGUGAUGCUCUUUCAAGCUGUAAUGAAAUUUUUGUUUAGACUUGUCCAGAUCAAAAUUUAGUCUAUAAUGCAAAUGGUCCAUUGGGUAUAAACAAACGUUAGCCAAAUUUAUCUAUUGAACUAUAAAUAAAUGUUAUGUUGAUGGAAAAUGCAACUAUUAGACCUCUGGCAGGAAUCGAAGUAUUACACCUGCGGCCCUGCGAUUCCAGUGCAGUGCUCCAACCAACUGAGCUACAGAGUCCAGUUGUGGAGCUCUGACCGCAAGUUCAUGUACAGGGUGUAUAAAAAAAAUGCAACCUCGGAAUUUCCUAAGAAAUCACUUUGCAAUUCUUAAGCAUAAAAGAUUUAAGGCCCCUGGGAAUUGAAAUCGAAUUGCUAAUAGUCAUAUUAAUGUUGUUGUGCAUUAAAUAAAUGCAUAAAUUUUGCUUUAUGCACUCGCGUGUGCAGUAAUUUUGACAGUUGUGCUAUUUUAAAUUCCCCGGCGCCUAAAAUCUUUUGUCUUCAAAACAAUGUCAAUUUCUUGGGAAAUCACUUUGCAAUUCUAAAGCAUAAAAGAUUUUAGGCCCCUGGGAAUUGAAAUCGAAUUGCUAAUAGAUCAUAUUACUGUUGUUGUGCAUUAAAUAAAUGCAUAAAUUUUGCUUUAUGCACUCGCGUGUGCAGUAAUUUUGACAGUUGUGCUAUUUUAAAUUCCCCGGCGCCUAAAAUCUUUUGUCUUCAAAACAAUGUCAAUUUCUUGGGAAAUCUCUUUGCAAUUCUAAAGCAUAAAAGAUUUUAGGCCCCUGGGAAUUGAAAUCCGAGGUUGCGCUUUUUUUUAUACACCCUGUAUACCAAGUUGAUGCCAAUGAAAGGUCUAUUAUACGUCUUAAUGGGUUAAAUUUAUCAAAUUUGAAUGGUUUCCUUGCAGGUCAUUGGUAGUUCAUUGCUUUUCGUCCACGAUUCUCAAGGGAAUGUGAAUGUGUGGAUGAUAGACUUUGCUAAAACAAUAAGAGUUGAAGAUGGCAUCCGGCUUACACAUCGCGCCACGUGGCAAGAAGGCAAUCACGAGGAUGGCUAUCUCUUUGGACUUGAUAAUAUGAUAAGUAUUUGGUCUGAUGUCUAAGGUAGGGACUAUAUAGGGGUUUUCGACUUCCAGUUGAACUGGGAGAUAUUUAUUACGAGCAAAUGAAGUCUGCACCAAGAAAGAGGAUUUCAACCACGUGGAAAUGCAACUCUCAUAAUAUGAUCUUUACAGUCAAAUCGGAUGUUGCGAGCAACAUUGCGAUAUUGUCCCACAAUAUUGCAAUUUUGAUAGGCAAAUUGCUCUGAGCAAUUUGCAACCAACACGAAGAAAUUGCAAGUUGAAAUUCACAAAAGAUUUGUGAACAAAGCAAUCUGAUUGGUUACCCUGGAUUCCAGAGCCUUCGACAGUAAAUAAUAAAUUGAAACGUCGCGAAGGCUCUGGUUCAACGGGAAGAUUCUUUGAUUAAACCGCGCCAAUCACAAAACAGAAUUAGUGAUUUUAGUACAGAUUCUGGAAUCCAGGGUAUCUGAUUGGACUAUUAGCAAAAGGAAGCCAAUCAAAUAGUCUGAGCAACUGAAUUGGAGCUUCUCUUUUUCUUAUAGUCCAAUCAGAGGCUUUGUUUACAAAUCUUUUGUGAACUUCAACUUGCAAUUUGUUCGCGUCGGUUACAAAUUGCUCAGAGCAACCUCCCUAUCAAAACUGCAAUAUUGUGGGACAAUAUUGCAAUGUUGCCCUCAAGAGAACAUCCGGUUUGACUGUAAAAUCUUGCCAAAUUCCUUGAUUUUAUCACAGUCCUAGGACUGGAUGAAGGUUCGACAAGUCCUAUACUGGAUAACGUUUUGAUCAAGUCUUAGGCUGAGUGAAGUUUUAUUCAAGUCCUAGGACUGAAUGAAUUUUGAUCAAGUUCUGGGACUGGAUGAAGUUUGAUCAAAUCCUAGGACUGGAUGAAUUUUGAUCAAGCCCUAGGACUGGAUGAAUUUUGAUCAAGUCCUAUGACAUCCGAUCUUUUGAUCAAGUUCUGGGACUGGAUGGUUUUUGAUCAAGCCCUAGGAUAGUAUGAAGUUUUGAUCUAGUCCUAGGACUGGAUGAAGUCCGACCAAGCUCUAGGAGUGGAUAAAGUUUUGAUCAAGUCUUAUAUGUAACACUGGAUGAAGUUUUGAUCUAGUCCUAGGACUGGAUGAAGUUUGAUCAAAUCCUAGGACUGGAAGUUCUUAUCAAGGCCUAGGACUAGAUGAAGCCCGACCAAGCUCUAGGAGUGGAUAAAGUUUUGAUCAAGUCUUAUAUAUAAUACUGGAUCAUGUUUUGAUCUAGUCCUAGGACUGGAUGAAGUUUGAUCAAGUCCUGGGACUGGAUAAGUCAUUAAUAUGAAAUACGAGAUGUCAUUUAAAAUCUCAAUUUUGGUCAAGAGAGAAUUUCAGAUCCACGCAAUUUGUUCCAAUUUGUGGCUUUCCUCUUACUCUAACUGCACUCUCGUCAACAACUGUCAUUAUCUUAGUGUCGUAAGAUAUUUAGUUUGUACAUAUCAGUUAAACUGCACAAUUUCUAGAUCUCCACUGAUUUAGGCCACAACCUUUCUAAUAGCAAAAAAAUUCUAUAUUUAUAGACAAGUAGAUCGUAUACUUCUACUUUAUACAUAUAUUGUAUACUAUUUAACCGCUGGGCGGUUUGAUUGCAUUUUCCAGCAAUUUGUUAAUAUAUAAUUUAUAUACAGUUAGAUAUCUAUUUGU